AUGGCAGCGGGAGAGACUCAACUCUAUGCUAAGGUCUCCAACAAGCUCAAGGGCCGCAGCCUCCCCUCGCUCCUGGACCCCCUCCUGGCCACGGGCGUCCCAGCACACACCGCGCUAAAAGCAUUGGCGGCCACUGGGAGGAGGACAGCAGAGGAGGCGGCCGAGUGGCUUCGCUGUCACGGCAAUGACCCUUCCCUGGACGACCCCAUCCCCCAGGAGUACGCCCUCUUCCUCUGCCCUACGGGGCCCCUGCUGGAGAGGCUGCAGGAGUUCUGGAGGGAGAGCAGGCGUCAGUGUGCCAAGAACCGAGCCCACGAGGUCUUCCCCCACGUGACGCUCUGCGACUUCUUCACCUGUGAAGACCAGAAGGUGGAGUGUCUGUACGAAGCUCUGAAGAGAGCCGGGGACAGGACCCUGAGGUCCUUCCCCACCUCGGUCCCGCUGGCUCUCCACUCGUCCGUCAGCUACCUGGGCUUCUUCAUCAACGACGGCCCCGCAGACGUCAUCCGGGAAUUUGCCAUGGCGUUUGCCACGGAAGCAUCCGUCUUGGCAGACUGCUCCGUGAAGGCUUGUACCAAGCAGCUGCAUCUGACCCUGGCCCACAAGUUCUACCCCCACCACCAGAGGACGCUGGAGGAGCUGGCUAGAGCCAUCCACCCUGGCCACAGCUGCCAGUGGACGGCGGCCCUGUACUCCCGGGACAUGCGCUUUGUGCACUACCAGACCCUGAAGGUCCUGUUCCAGUACAAGCCCCAGAACGUGGACGAGCUGAUGCUCAGUCCUGGCGACUACAUCUUUGUGGACCCCACUCAGCAGGAGGAAGCCAGCGAGGGUUGGGCCAUCGGGACCUCCCAGCGGACGGGCUGCCGGGGCUUCCUGCCAGAGAACUACACGGAAAGAGCCUGCGAGUCUGACACUUGGGUCAAACAUAGGACGUACACCUUUAGUCUGGCCAUAGACAGGAACUCCAGGAAGGACGGGGACGUCAACGGCAGACAAAGUGGGGACUUCCACCCCUCUCCAGCGCCGAGGGGUGUCAGCAGCGMGCUGGCUCUGCAGGCCGUGAUCUCCAGGAGGAGCGUGCUGGUGGUGCGGCACGGGGAGAGAGUGGACCAGAUCUUCGGGAAGUCGUGGCUGCAGCAGUGCACCACUGCAGACGGAAAAUACUACAGGCCUGACCUGAACUUCCCCCGCAGUCUGCCUCGACGGAGCAGUGGCAUCAAAGACUUUGAAAACGACCCUCCGUUGUCAUCCUGUGGAAUUUUCCAAUCCAGACUAGCAGGAGGAGCGCUGAUGGACAGUGGCGUCAGACUCACCGCCGUCUUCACCUCCCCAGCCCUCCGCUGUGUGCAGACGGCCAGACACAUCCUGGAAGAACUCAAACUGGAGAAAAAAAUGAAGAUAAGAGUGGAGCCCGGGAUCUUCGAGUGGAUGAAAUGGGAGGCCAGCAAGAGCGCCCCGGCCUUCAUGACCCGGGAAGAGCUGAAGGAGGCGGGCUUCCACGUCGACCCCGACUACAGGCCUGCCUUUCCCCUCUGCUCCCUCCUGCCUGCUGAGAGCUACGAGGAGUACGUCAACAGGUGURCCGUGAGCAUGCACCAGAUCCUCGGCGCCUGCCCCCAGGACGCGGGCAUCAUUCUAAUCGUGAGCCAUGGCUCUGCGCUGGACUCCUGCACCCGGCCCCUCCUGGGGCUGCCACCCCGAGACUGUGGGGACUUCGCCCAGCUGGUGAGGAAGAUCCCCUCCCUGGGAAUGUGCUUCUGUGAAGAGAACAAAGCCGAGGGGAAGUGGGAGCUGGCCACACCACCCGUGAAGACGCUGACGCAUGGGGCCAACUCGGCCUUCGACUGGAGGAACUGGAUCCCGGGCCACGGAGCCCAGUGA